GAGCGGCAUCAUGGUGCCGUGUUCCGUGUGGAAAGUUUACCGGUUCGGGUGCAAAGUUUCAGCCGUCUGCAAACGUAUCUGGAAUAUGCUGGUGUAGACCGCGGUAUAUGUAUACGGGAACUUGAAUAAUUUGCUGGGUUACUUUGACCUUUGGUUGUAUUCAGCUCUAGCCGAGUGAUGCUUCCGUCGCUGGGUAACAGCAGUGUGUAAAGACGCUGUUAGCAUCGAUCGUAUUGUCUCAGGGAGCCAGCUAGCUUACACCAGUCGUUAGCACGGAGCGGUGUUCAAACUGAGAGCUAGCUAACGUUAGCCGAUGUCCUGGUGAGCUCGUUACAAGACAAAGUAAAACGUUAUUUAACGUUAACGCGGAACUUGACUCGACGAAGGACUGAGAGGAAGAAAAAAUGGCUUGCGAGCCUAAUCGUGUGCGGCUGCUCUGCAUGCUCUCAUUGACUUUUGGUUUUUUUAUUGUGGAGGUGGUGGUCAGUCGGAUCACUUCAUCCCUGUCGAUGCUGUCGGACUCCUUUCAUAUGUUGUCGGACGUUAUUGCGCUGGUCGUGGCUCUGGUCGCGGUGCGAUUUGCCGAGAAAACCCACGCGACUAACAAAAACACCUUCGGGUGGAUCCGGGCGGAGGUGAUGGGGGCGCUCGUCAACGCGGUCUUCCUCACGGCGCUGUGCUUUACCAUCGUCCUGGAGGCUGUCGAGCGGUUCACCGAGCCCCAGGAGAUCGAUAGCCCGUUGGUGGUCGCCGGAGUUGGUGCCGCGGGGCUCCUGGUCAACCUGCUCGGACUCUGCUUGUUCCGCGGCCACGCCGGCGGAGGCCACGGGCACUCCCACGGAGGUCACUCUCAUGGGAAUAAAAACAAGAGAGGCAAAACCGGCAAGUCCCAAAAGGCUGGCAACGGAUCUUCAGGAGAGGAAACCAACAACUUGGUGGGGAAUCACAACAGUCCGGGAGAUGUGAGACAGAAUAAUGAAAUCAGCUGUAAAGACAACACGGAGGUGCAGAUGAAUGGCAACCCCCACUAUGAGGAUAUGGACCAUGACGCUGCGGGGCAGCUCAACAUGCGGGGUGUUUUCCUGCAUGUGUUGGGUGACGCCCUUGGCUCUGUCAUUGUGGUGGUCAAUUCUUUAAUAUUUACCUUUGUGUGGCAGCCCUGCAUAGAAGGUGAGACAUGUGUGAACCCGUGUAUCAACAGCCACACCACAGACCACCAGCAUGUCAAUCACACUCUGGUGGACCUGCUGGAUGGUCCCACUAUGUCAGCCAUGAAGUCUGCGGGCCCUUGCUGGGUUCUCUACCUGGAUCCCACACUCUGCAUCAUCAUGGUGUGCAUCCUGCUGUAUACUACCUACCCGCUGCUCAAAGAGUCCGCCCUCAUCCUGCUGCAGACCGUGCCUAAGCAGAUCAACAUGCACCGACUGAACGAGCGCCUGCUAAGUCUGGAUGGUGUCCUGGCUAUCCACGAGCUCCACAUCUGGCAGCUGGCCGGCAGUCGCAUCAUCGCAACAGCACAUAUCAAGUGCCACGACCCUACGUCUUACAUGGAGGUGGCAAAGCGCAUCAAGGACUUUUUCCACGAUGAGGGCAUUCAUGCCACCACUAUCCAGCCUGAGUUUGUCACGUUCAACUCAGAGUCUCGAGACUCCCUUUGUGAGCUCUCCUGUCGGACUCAGUGUGCUCCCAAGCUGUGCUGCGGCUCUGCAGACAAACAGAACACAGGCACUGAUAAGAACGCCAGCGAUGAUUGCAAGGCUGUUGCCGCUUCAGCCCUGGAGGUGAUCCUUGAGACCCCGGAGCAAGCUGCAGAGGUUCAGGUGCUCCCUCGGUCAGAGGCCGAGAUCACCAUCACGAGAGAGGUUGAGUCGUCUCUGUGAGAUGGAGGAGAUGCAGAGAAACUGAGGAAAAGCUGGAAAACCACCACACUGGACUGAAAUCAUUGUCAUGGGCGCUGUUAUCGUUUUGACCUGUGGCUGUCGUGGCCCGAGCAAGAAAUAAUUUUCCAUAGCUUUUGUUCUGUCAUUACCCCGUUAUGGCUGAGCCCCCACCCCUGAAACCCUGUGUCCUUGUAUUUGAGUCACCGUUCCUCUCCGUGUACCUAUUUUCAUUCCCUCUCUCCCAGACUCUCCUGUCACUUGGCCCCUCUCUUGUUGCCCUGGCAGUGUGGCGGCGAUGCGUGUUGGGGUUCACAUACUUUAUUUCCUCCAGGACUGGAGCGAGGCUUGCAUGAUUGUUCCUCAUUAGCACCGUGUUGUGAUGCGUCAUCUCGUCCGAUGGUGUUUAUGUGCCAAAGCUUCUCACUGCAAGACUGAAGGGAUCUGAGAGACAUCCCCUUCUCUAAAAGUUCACAACACAUGCAAGUCAGAGCACACAUCACCAGGUUAUGUUGUUUAGCCUUUAGGCCUGUUGGCACAUGUUUUUUUUUGCGCAGAUCUAUUUUCGUACCCUCUGGCCCCAAAUGGAAGAGUAUUGUUUAAUAAUUUAAGUAUUCUAAGUUAUUAGAAAGGAUAUAUUUCUCUCUGUAAAUGCUGUUUGCAAUGUUUAGUUUGGAUAAAGGCAAAAACCCUUUGCAAUUUCUCUGUCAAAUUUUCUGACAGACCAUCUAUGCUGUAGGCAGUUUUUCAAAUGUGACAUUGUAUAAUUUUUUGUUUCUCAAGACUCUUCUCUGGCCUUGACUCAGUUUUACUUGGAGUCAUUAGUUGGAUACAGACGCCGUAUCAACACCUCACCUUGUUUUUUAAAAUACAAAAGACCUGCUGCCGGUAUAGCACCAAGUAGUCGUAUCGGGACUAGCCUGAAGGUUGGGUGUGUUGUGAAGAAAUGAGCACUGUAUGCUAUUAAUGAAACACUAUUCUCUGUUUAAAUCUGAACUGGAAAGCUUUCUGGUGAUAGCUGUGUAUUCCCAUUAAAAAUCCUCAUGAAUGUGUUUUGACACCAUGUCGCAAUCCAUUCUGAGGGAGUUUUUAUAUUUCUUGGACGUUCUACGUUUGCAUGACCAAAUUGAGACUUAGUGUUCGACUUUCAGGAUCUACACUGAGGGCUCCAGUUGCUGCUUACCAGUACCUGCUGGUAUCCAACAUUACUCAUAACUAUGUAGAGAAUGACCCGUACUUUAGCUUUUCUGUCUUCUGCUUUGGACAGCUGACUUGCUUGACUUUUUGCUGACUUUAAGUCCAUACGGUGGCCUUUGCAAUUGGUGAAUUUUCCCUCAUCACCACAGAUAUCGUUUAAGGGUGGUCCAUUGAUGUUGUUCAGAUUUCCACUCCUGAGUAAAUGUGUAUGCAAUAUAGACAUGUAUUAUGACUCAUUCUUUCAUGUUCGGUCACUUUUGUUUUUAAGACUUGAGCUCUAUGUGCAAAUUGAAAGUGUUUUUUUAAUUUUAGAUAUGACAUGUCAACUGAUGUGUUUUUGAUAUACUAUAUAUCUACAGUACCUGUCAUUGUGAAAUAAAACAAAAAAGGCUGUUUGGUACAGUUGAUGAGCCCAA